CACAGUCAUAUUAGCCUGAUGAUGAUACUGUGAAGUAUCGAAAGCUCGCUUCUUGUGUAAAAUGAUUUUACAAAAAUGUUUUUCAAUUAUUUUAAAUAUACUUAGUUUUAUAAGAAACGUAAAAAAGUCAAAGAAUGUCAAUAUAACAGGGAUAUAUACAAUAUUUGAAUUACUCAUAAAAGUAACAAUAAUGUGACACUCCUACUCAGAUCCAAAAGAUGAAAUUGGGAAAAAAUUAGAACACAACAAUGUUUUGAUACCAAAUGGUUAAUUAUACCUUUUUUAACUAUAUCGUAUUAUCUCUGUAUUCAUAUAUUUUUCUAAUAAAUUAAAAUAUAUUUAUAAUAAUAUAAAUUAUUUGUUAUUAAUUUAUGAGUUAUAUUCAUAUAAAAACAAAUAAAGAAAAUGAAUAUUGUAUCGUAGAAAUUAUCCACUUGAGAUUUAGUUUUGAUUUUUGAAUUUUGAUACAACAUAUGUUCAUACAUCCAAGAUAGAUACUGUCAAAAACAAGCUGUUUUAAGUAAGCAAAUUGUAAACAGAUAUGCCUUAUCGAGAGGACUCUGCUAUAUACACCGCUAUCAAAAAAUUUAUUUUAUCACAAAUAUGAAGAAAUAAUCAGCAAAAAGACAGAAAACGGUUUCACCCAAAUAAAAAUUUAGAGGCUUUGAAUUUUGCUUAUUACUUCGCACUGAAACGUUAUACAACAUUUCUGAUCACAUACUGUGAAAAAGACGUAGCUUAUCCAUUUUAGUCAUUUCUUUGUUUUAGUUUUAUGCACAAAAAGCAGAAGACGUUACCAAAUGGUGUGAACAAAUUAAUGAAGUUGCGGGCAAAGUACUGCCAAGCUUAAAUCAAGUACAUACAAUAAGUAAAACUGAAGAAAAAAAAAGUAUAACAACGACUAGUAGUUUUCUUGGCUUACUACCACCACCGUAUCCCAUGUCUGCUCUCAAUUCUACACCAUUAUUACAAACAUCAUAUUCGACGUCGAGAAUGCCGUCACUUUUAUCGUCGUCGUCGUCUAGUAACAUCAAUGCAAAUACUUAUACAACUGAUUCAUACAGUGCAACUCGUCCAAAUUCUGGUUAUGGAAUGACGACAUCGUCAACGUCAUCGUACACUAUUCCUACUCAAAAAAACUUUUAUCGCUCAAAUCCAUCACCAGUAGCUCCACCGUUUAAUUUUCUUCAUAAAACACGUGAAAAAGAAAAAUCUGAAUUAAGUUCAUUGAAUGAUAAAUUUGCUGAUUAUGUUGAAAAAGUACGAUAUUUAGAAGCACAGAAUAAGAAAGUUCACCUAGAAUCAUCCAUAUUGUCAGAUAAACAACAAUCAAGUUGCCAACAUAUCAAACAAAUGUUUGAAACAGAAUUGAAAGAAUUAAAACAAGCAGUUGAAAAAAUUUCAUCAGAAAAACAAAAUGCUCAAUAUGUUGCCAAAGAUAUUCAACAGACAAUACCACAAUUGAAACAAAAACUAUCUCAAACAUUUAAAGAAUCAGAUUCAUCUAAAUAUGAUACUGAAAAAGUUGAAAAACAAUUAUCGGGAAUUGAAGCCGAUGUAAACAUGUAUAAAAGACGAUUAAAUCAUCAAGAUGAUGAACAUUUAAGAUGGAAACAAUUAGCACAACAUAUACAACGAUUAGUAUUGCAAGCUAAAAAUGAAAUUCAAAAUGAGACUAUAAUAAAAACGAAAUGUGAACAACAAAAACAGCAGCUUAAAAUCGAUAUGAAAUCAUUGUACGAACAACAACAGCAACGAAUUAAUGAUCUAAAAUUAACCACAUUUGGAAAUUCAUCCUCAUCCAAUACUUUUUCAAAUAGUGGUAGUGAACGAGCACAAUUUUUUAAGUCAGAGUUAUCGAAUGCUAUUCGAAAAAUUCGUCAAGAAUAUGAACGUCAAAAUGACCUUCAACGACAAGAUCUACAUAAUCAAUUUAUGCUACAGUAUACUGAGAUAUCAAAACAAUAUCCGGAUAUACAAUCAAUAUUUCAAAGUGAACAUGAUCAAGAACGCGUUCGUCAAGAUGAAGAUAAAGUACGUUCAGAUGUUCAACGUGUUCGGCAUGAUAUUAUGAAUAUAAAACAAAAAAAUUCUGAACUAAAAAUUCGUUUACGCGAAGUACAAAUAAAAAUAGAUAUGAUUCAAGAUGAACGAAAACGUAUGGAUAGUAAACAAAAUGAUGAAUUGAAUGAAUUAAGAGAAAAACAAGAUCGUAUGAGUCAAGAAUUUGAUGAUGUUACAUUAAAACAGACAUCGUUAGAAAAAGAGAUAAAUACAUAUCGAGAUCUUUUAGAAGGUACAUUGAAAACAGUUGUUGAUCAAAUAACAGAUGAUUAUCAACAACAAGGAAAUAGUAAUCAAAAUGGACUAGGGAAACAACGUGGACAACGAUCAGCGAGUAUGGAUAGAAAUGGAGUAACAAAUCAAUAUUACAGAGGACCAUGGUCAUCGAAUAUGCUCUAUGGAAAUAAUACUAAUAAAUACGAAAUCGCACCAACUAUUGUCGCUCCAAUAGCAACAACAAUCACUGAUAAUACUUCCGUAAUGACGAAUGGUCUAACUACGAGUAAAAGUAUGGGUGAUUUAGCUUCAAGACAUCUACGGACUACCGAACAAUCCAAUUCGAGCGUAGAUAGCAAUGAAUCAUCGCCCAAUCGUACGUCAUCAGCGACAACAACAACGACCAUCCUUCAUACUCGCCGAAAUUAA